AUGUGCAAGAUCUCUGUGUUGCAGGAUAUGGUAUAUUCUGGUAUCUAUGAUUUGGUAUGUAUCUGUGAAACCUGGCUCAAUGAUACCGUUUUAAGCAGCGAAAUACUCCCAGGGUACUCAAUUUUUCGACGAGAUAGGCCCUGCAAAACUGGUGGUGGUGUCCUCGUCGCUAUAAAAUCGGAUCUACAAGUUAUAUGCCGGGACGACCUUGAAAGAGGCGGCACCGAAAUGGUAGUUGUUGAAAUAAUCACAAGCUGCAAGUCACUUAUUCUAUAUGCGUUUUAUCGUCCUCCAGACUCAAAUAACGACGAUCUAUUUCAACUAAACUCAUCUCUAAUGAGCAACUCUGAAUCCAGUUGUGUACUAGUAGUUGGCGAUUUCAACAUCCCUGCUUUAGACUGGACAGAUUCAAGUUCCCCCGUUAACAUUGGAGGACAUGCUGCGGGUGAUAAAUUCUGUGAUUUAAUGGGAGACAACUUCCUAUAUCAGUUUGUUGACGGUCCAACUCAUACAGCUGGAAAUAAACUCGAGUUUGUUCUCUGCAAUUGUCCCGAAGUAAUCAAAGACGUUACCACACAUAGUCCGGGAACGAGUGGAUUUCCGUCUGACCAUUUUAUUAUUGAAUUUUCAAUCCAAGUAAAGUUUCAACGAGCAAAACCGGUACGCCGAAAUGUCUACGACUUUAAACGAGGAAAUUUUGACGAACUACGUAGUUCAUUAGAGCACGUUCCUUUUGAUAUUGCUCAAUCUACCAACAUUGACGAAUACUGGCUCUUUUGGAAAGAUCUAUUUCUUACUGCUGUCGAGAAGUGUAUUCCUGUUAAAACAAUCAAAGAUACUAACUCACCUCCCUGGAUAGACUCCGAAGUCAAUCACAGUUUACGGAAGAAAUACACAGCACUGCRAAAAUAUCGGCGGAAGAGAACAGAAUCCAAUAAGAUGAAACUGCGUACUCUAAGCCAGAACGUCAAACAUAUUAUUAGAGCAAAACAUCGAGACUACUUGAAGAAAAUCGAGUCUUCAUUCAAAGACAACCCAAAAUUGUUCUGGAGUUACCAUAAGGCAAUCCUGCACUCUCGUGGAAAGCCAAGUGUUAUCACUUACAAUGGCACUACCGCAACCAGCUCGGCAGAAAAGGCAGAAUUAUUCAACUCGUAUUUUUCCUCUGUCUUCAGACCAGCGUCGACUACAAACAUAAAYACUAGUAGCUUAAAUAUUCCCGAUCAAGUGUCUGCUAUCCCGCUAUUGUCUGAAUUAACUAUAUCACUUAAUGAAGUUGCUGAAUGYUUAAGAGACCUUGACAUCACGAAAGGCUGUGGUCCCGAUGGAAUCCCAGCCAGAGUUUUAAAAGAAUGCGCUAAUGAGAUCGCGCCGAGCGUUUGCAUGAUGUUCAACACCUCUAUUAGAUCAGCCUGUUUGCCUAAAGAGUGGAAAAAGGCCAACGUAACACCAGUUCAUAAAAGUAAAAAUAAGGAGCCAGCUUCUAAUUAUAGACCGAUCUCCCUACUAUGCCUCAUAAGUAAAGUGCUCGAGCGCUGUGUUGGAAAGCGACUCUACGAACGUGUAAAAAACUUUAUCUAG